UUGCGACUGUUCUUUCAGAUGUUUUCAAACACAAACUGCACUUAAAACCCAAAAAUCAUAGACGAUAAGCUGCACCGCAAGUUACACUCUUUUUUGAGACGCAGAUCAUUUUGCAGACAUUGAAAAUAUGGCGCUGCGCUUGCGUCGAGACGUGCAGAAGGCCUCGUACUAUGUGUGGUUCCUGGGCGCCGAGGAGGCCAAGGGAUUGCGCGGCCCACGCGUCAUCAAUUCAGUGCUGCCGUAUCUGGUGGACAGAUCGCGUGGCCAGGAGCCGCUGAAGGUGACGCUUCAGGUCUCCCACAAGGGCAUCAAAAUCGUGCAGGGGGCAUCAAAGCAUUUGAUACCCCACAGUGCCAUAACCAGCUCCGUGCAGACCGACGACAUCGUGGCCUGUGUCCUUCUGCUGUAUAAUCCGGCCACCAAGUGUCCGCUCCAUGUCCACGCCUACCGCUGCGACUCGGAGACAACGGCGGAGGCCCUGCACCUACAGCUGCAGGUCCUCAUCAAUCGUCCCGACAAUCAAAAACGAUUCGAGGAGCUGGAAACAAGAUUGGGAAUCCUGCCGCCCAUUCCAAUCAGCAGCAACAACAACAACCAUCACAUUGGCAGCAACAGCCACGACAAGCGACACGAGUCGAACACAAAGUCCUCCCAGCAUCACCAGCAUCAUCAGUCACAACAAUCGGCGCCCUCCGCUGGCUAUGCGCCCCACCAGAGUCGCCGCCACGAGACAUCAUCGCCGAAGCGCUUCAGCAGCUCUUUGGGCAGCGACACCGGAAACAGCACUCGCGAGUCCGAGUGCAGCGAGGAGCAUGGAGUGGCAGGCUCACCAGUCUCCCGGUCGCCGCCCCACGGAAAGCACCAUCCGCCCCAGCCCCAUCCACAUCCGCUGCACCAUCCGCCACUGACGCCGCAGCAGAACAGCGAGCUGUUCGACUCGCUGGCCGCCGAACUGCGGGCCAAGCUCAAUGGCAAUGGACCGCCGCUGCUGCUGCCGCCCCGCGACUACGACACCGUGCACCGCUCCAAGGGCAACCUGACGGCCAUCGAGCUGCGACGCUGUCGCAACGCAUUGAUUGUGGGUGGCUCGCCGAAGGGUCCAGCGGCAGGCGGCACGCCCCAGCCACUGGCCACGGCCAAUGCCAUUGGCAAGCAGGUGUCGUCGAGGGGAUCCUCGGGCAUUGGCUCAGAUCUGGCGCCCAGCCCAGAAAGGCAGGAGCUCAAUAGCUCCAGCGAUGACGAGCACUGGUCAAAUGAGGCGGACAACUCGGUGAUAGCACUCAAACCGUCACAAAUUGCAAUCCCGCAUCAUGUGCAGUUGAAGCGGAAGAGCGCCGUGCAGCCGCCCGAGGAUAGUUAUCUGAGGGAUCUGCCGGCCAAGCCGUAUCAGCCCAGGCCAAGCGAUCGAGAAUUGGAAAGGGAGCGAGAAAGGGAACGCGAACGGGAACGUGAAAAGGAGAGGGAGCGGGAACGAGAACGCACCAAGACCCCAGCGUCAGUCUCAAAUAAGCCCUGGAAUCGUGAGGAUGACAUUAAGCCGAUCAUUUUGCGACCAGCCGACUACGAUGCAAAAUUCAAUCGUGUCAUGCAGCAGGAGCAGCCCCCACAGACGGGCCAGCAGCAGCAGCUACAGCUGCAGCCGGCAAAGCUGCGGGAUACGGACAAGUACAAUGAGAUCAAUCGAUUGCUCAACAAGAAGCUAUCCAGCCAUGACAGAGAACGGGAGCGCAAGGGACGCUCGUCCCGUCUCGAUGAGAAUCUCGAUGACUUUGAGGAUUCGGAUGUGGAUCCGGGGCACGAGAAGCUGCCGCCGCAGCAGCAGCAGCAGCACCAUCACCGCAAGGAGAACCUGACGGACAAACAGAAGUUCAUGGAGUACACUUCAAAGAAGCAGCAGCUGCAGCUGCAGCACAGCCACCAUCAGAUGCACAAGUCCUAUGCGGCUGAGGAGUCACAGCGGUAUGGCGGCAGUCGUCAUCGCUAUGUAGAGCCAUCGGAGCUGCCGUUCGAGCAGAUGCCACAGCCGGCACAGGGCAGUGGUGGUGGUCCCCCGGGCGCUGGUCACAACAAAUAUGCUGCAGUGCAUCGGGGCUCGGAUCUGGGCCAGCGAACCACAGAAAGAAGGCAUGAUCGGGAGCGUGACAGAGACAGGGAGAGGGAGAGGGAGCGCGAACGGGAACGAGAUCGAGAUCAUUCGCGGGAUCGUAAUCCGUAUCGCGAGGCGGAGAGCCUGCCCUAUAUCCAGAGCAUGGAGAAGAUGAUGAAGUCGACGGGCAUGCGAUACGGCGAGCCCCCGAAUCCAGAUCCACGCAAGCCACGCUCCGAGCGGGAGCGAGAACGUGACAGGGAUAGGGAUAGGGGAGACUUUGUGGCGCCAGCACCCAGCCAGGCAUCGCAACGGGAUCGCUUCCAUGAUGCCAAGGACAAGUUCCGGGCCAUGGAGCAGCGCCCCGGCAGUCGCUAUGACCUCGAUGAGCGCGAUAUGCCCACGACCGUCUCCCCGUCCGUUCCUGAUCCCUAUAGAUCCUCCUCGCGACGCAGACGAGGCUCUGUGGAGCCACCAGCCACAUAUGAGCAGUGGAGCGAGGAGGAAGAGGUGCCACAUCCCAAUCCACAUCUCGAUCGCAAUCAAUUGAGUCGAUCCCGGGCACGUUCCCGCAGCGACUGGGAGCCGGAGCCGGAGCCUCAGCCGCAGUCACGGCGCGUACCCGAGCGACGUGACAGAGAGAGGGAACGGGAGCGGGAGCGGGAUCGUGACUACAAUCGCCGAGGCGAGGAGAUUCCUUUGCCACGAGAGCAAUCGAGGGACCCCUAUCGCCAUGACAGAGACCGCGAGCGAGAGCAGGAAAGGGCGAGGGAUCCGCACCAGGGUCGCCAUCCGGUGCGGGCUCAUUCCCGCGAAUACUUGCAGACGUCGGAGACCAAAUCGAGCUCAGGCUCGGCCCGGGGCCACCACAUCGAGCGCUAUCCCUCGCCCGCACCGACGCCGAGCAGCAGCAACGGCAGAUCCGCGGAAGGUGGAGGAGUCGGUGGAGGUGGAGUCUCAUCGUCCGCCUCCGGAAAGCCCCUGGCCAGCAUGCCCAAGGGCUAUCGUCACAGCUAUGCGGAGCCAGUGUUUGCCCGUUCCGGCGGACGCGUUGGUCUGGCUGCCGUCAAUCCCUACUAGGAGAUUCGCGUAGAAGCAAGAACCGUGCAACGAAAUCCAUACUAAUCGAAUUGGAAUAAAUAAUAUAAAUAUAUAAAGAUAUAAAGAAAUAUAUAGCUACAUAUAUAUAUAUAUAUAUAUCCACUUGUAUUUUAAGAGACGAAUCCAUUUGCGGACCAAAUUCCAUCCCUCCACACAUACUGCCCCUGACACUGACACUGCAACAUAUAUAUAUAAAUAUAAAUAUUUAGAUAUU